GCGUACCUACUACGAAGUAAAUAACACUUUUAACACUUUUAACACUUUUAACACUUUUAACACUUUAACACUUUAACACUUUAACACUUCUUCUGCUUUACCCAAUCGGUACCCUACCAACUUUCAAGACGUUUAUGAAACUCUCAACAUUACCUCGAGACUGCUUACCAUAAACCAUAGACCAUAGACCAUAGACCAUAGACCAUAGACAAGGUACUUACUCUACGGUACGGUCGGUACACUACCUAGGUACUUACCUCAGACUGCUUACCACGAGUAUUAAUGGUUAAUUAAUAAAAUCGAUAGAUUCUAGAACUGCUGAAUUAGAUCCCGGACCCUUAAAGAAGCUUCUUCUCCUUCGAUAACCUCUUAUGUAAAGAAAGCUUCUCCCUAGAACAUACUUCGCGCGGAAUUAUUCACAUCUUCUUUCUUUCAAAUUAUUCUCAUCAUCACAUACACCUCUCUCCUAUCUCUCAUAUACGAAGAUUCUUUUUCAGUUAGCCUGGGAUACAUGUCCUGUCCUGUAGUACAAAAUAAUGUCUCUAUAUGAAUGCUCCGGUUGUACCGAGUCAAUUCGUCCCGACAAGGCUCGCAUCCAAUGCCACAUAUGCACCGACUACAAUCUUUGCGCCAACUGUUUCGUCAUUCAAAACAUAAGCCAAACGCAUCUGAGCAGUCAUCCCACCGCCAUCUUCAAAACGAGCGGAACCACAACCCCGGCGAUCCCGCCUCCGUUUCCCCCUCGUCCCGUCCCGCUUCUCCCUCCACGAAAAGAUACCCUCACCACCCCGCCCAAAAAAGUCGAACUCCCAACCGCAAACUGGGGCGCCCUGUGGGAUAUCGUAAAACCCAGUAGGAAAACCUCAAAAGGUAGCUCGGGCUCGCAAAAAGGUUCCGCUUCGGGUACAGGUCUGGGUGAUCUCAUCUCCAUUCAGCUGCCCGUCAAUGAGGAUGCUUUCACUGCUAGUCAUUUAUGUGAUAAUAACAAUUUAAGCUAUUCCGAUUCGCCCAUUACAAAAUUAAGACCCGAUUUACCUAUUAGACCGGUGAAAAUUGAAUUAGAAGCUUUUACCAAUCCAUAUGCAUCAAUGGCGCCACCGGUACCUUCGGAAUGGAGUCCAUUUUUUCAGAAAGAUGGAACGGCAAAUGCGAUUUUUGUUGAUUUGAUGACGACGAUAUUUUUGUGUUUGGAUGUUGAAGAGACGAAUGAGCUGAGGCCGGAGGUUUGGAGUGCCUUUUUGGAAAUGCAGGGGGUGGAGAUGGAGAAUAAUAUUUGUAGGUUUUGAUUUUUUUUUAGGGAAGUGGUGGAGGAUGUAAUUUGUGAAAGGAGAGGUGGUUUUAUGAAUUUCCGGAAUGGUACUAAUGGAAAGAAAUUUCUAGGGCAAAAAACAUUAUACAUAACAGGUGGACCACAAAAUCAAGAAAUCGCCGACUUGGAACUUGGUAUCUUCUUCAAAUGUAAUGAAAUUUCUCACACCCUCUCAGCGAGACACGCCUCAAAUCUACCCCCUCCAUCUCCGUCUCCCACGGCAGGAGAAAGAAUCCGAAGAUCCAUCAGUCUCGGAGCUAAUAUGCCCAUGUUAAGUCGACAGGGAUUUAUCGAUGUUAUGGGGAUGGAAAUGCUGAGGGAUCCGGAUGAGGGGCAUAAGAGGUUGAGUGGGGUGGUUUCGGAUUACGCAAUUUGGAAGGAUUUGGGGGUGAUGCCUAGGAGUUGUUUUUUGGAGAGGAGAAUUGAGAAGGGGGAAGAGGAAAAGUUUGUUGGAGAUGAGUGAGGAGAAGGAGGAGGCUGAGAGGAGGAUUAUGGAGGGAUGCUGAGGGGUUGGGGAGGGGGUUGGUAGGGAAGGAGAGGGAGAAGGAGAAGGAGAGGAGAGAAAGGGAGAAGAAGGAGAAAGGGAUCUGGGGGAUGGAAUGCUGAUCCGGAUUUCGGGAAGAAGGAUUUAAUUGACUCAAAAGCAAAUAUAUCUCCACCCGAGAACUUCGCACUUCACAGCUCGGACGAAGACGAAACUUUUAUAGAGGGAUUACGGAUUCAUAUGGAAGAAGUUGAUUUAAUGGGUGGAGAUUUGGAUUUGGAUUUGGAUGGAGAUGGAGAUGGAGAUGUGGAUGUAGAUGUGGAUGUGGAUGUGAAUAUGAAUGUGGAAGUGAAAGAAGAUGUGAAGAAAGAUAAGGGAAGAGAUGAUAUGUUAAGAAUGGGUAUGAUAUGAUAUGAUAUGAUAUGAUAUAAUAUCAUAAUAUCAUAA